AACACAAACACUGUAUUUGUGUAGAAAUGGAGCUGUCAUAUAAUAACUGCAUUGCUGAAAAAUUUCAACCGUUCAUUACUGUUAUGGAAAUAUUUGGUUUGAAUAUGUUAGAGACAUGCAAUUGUCGAAAGAAAAGAUCAAAACGAAUUCAGAAUCUUUUCAAAAUUUACAUAAAUUUACUUGAAAUAUUUUUGUGGACGAUGGUAUUAUUGUAUACAACAAUGAUAACAUUUGAAGGGUUUUGUAAUCAUCUAGCACUGGUGUUUGAAAAUAACAAAUUCUACAUUAAGUUUAUUGCAUGGUGGAGUUCCUUGUACGCAGCUCUACAAUUCAGUAUUUUUAAAAAACGAAAACUUAAUAUUUUUCACUUGAUGAAGAAUUUCAAGAAAGAAGAAAAAUUUAUCCAGAAAUAUGAAAGAUAUAUUUUUCACUGUUACUAUUUCUGUGUUUUUAUUCUUCUGUGUUGUUUCACGGCAAUUUGGUUCAUCGGUUAUUCAGCUUUUAAAUCUGCACACUACAAUUAUAAAAUGUCUUUGUUUUGCCUUUUUGGUUUCGAACUUUGGGUACUUUAUAUUAUGUCUCACGUAUUUUGUAUAUUUGUACUUUUCUUGAUCGUUUUUUUACUUUUAGGAAAGAGGUUGAUAAACAUUUCUGUUCAGUUGCAACUUGUAAUUAAUGCAAGAAAAACAUUCGUUGAUGAACUAAUGGAUAAUCUUUGGGAAAUUUGGGAAAUAUUCGAAGAGAUUAAUGAAAAAUGGAAAAUGUUCUUUCCUCUUAUUUACACCUUUUAUGUCUAUGAAACUUGCUUCUGUAUAUAUAUUGUUCUCUUUGUAAAGAUUGAUAUAAUUUUUCGUAUUGUACUAGCAGUAUUUGGAAUAUUGUUAUUGAUUGCAUCAUUAAUAGUGUCGUGGGCGUUAUCAUAUUUUACAUCAAUCAUCUACGAUAAUUUUAUUAGCAUAGGGAGAUAUAAUUCUUUUUUCACACCAGAAUACCGAUUCAAAAUUAUUUGUUUCAUGAAGAGAUUCGGAGGAAGACCUUUCGGAUUAUCGAUGUGCGGAUUUUUCUACAUUAAGAAAAAUUUCUUGAUAAGGUGCUGUUAUAUUUAUUAACUUUUACAUUAUUUUCAGGUUAUCAGUGGAUUAUAUUCUGUUUUCUCUUCUCUCAUUCAAUUAACCGGAGUUCUCCAUAAAAACAGAUGCUAUGAAAAAACUACUGCGAAUAUCACUUUUAUGAACGAAAAAGUUUUAUAAAUAAUUUUUUCACAGCAAAUGUAUUGACAAUCUUUUUAUGGAACUGCUGAAACUCAGAAUUAUAACUGUUAGUUUUGACGAAUUAAGAUUAAUAAACAUCGCAGUCUUUAUAACAUUUUUACAUUGAACAUUUGCUGUUAGAAUAAAUAUGCUAACAUUCCAAAUAUUAUUUUCAUUUAUUUUUUCGCUUUAAAACAGGCUUUUUAUGCUGUGUAUUGCAGUGACAUUUGAUGAUAGGGAAGCUGUGUUUCUGUAAGAAGCCGACUUCCAGGG